CGAGUCCGGGCUGCGAUCGCUCGCGGGCGUCCUCCCGGAGAAGUACAAGAACACGUUCCUCGGGCUCAUCGACUCGUACAAGGCGCAGAUGAUGAAGGCGACCGGGAACGACGAGGCGCGCGCGUCCGCCGCGCUCGUGUCCAUCUUCAAGGACAUGAUGAAAGCGUACGCGGGGCAGCUCAUCGGGACGCCGUACGAGUUCCCGUCGCAUCACAUCUGCAUGACGAAGGAAAACUCAGACUUCGAUUACUAUCAGAUGGCCAACGCGUACAUCGGGUCGCUCGUCGAGUUCGACCGAUCGAUCCUGCGCUACCCGGAGCGCUUCACCGACGCGAAAGCCGCGCUCGAUCGCGGCGAGAACGUCGUCUUCCUGGGUAACCACCAGUCCGAGGGCGACGCCGCGUUCAUCCCGCUGCUCACGGAGGUGUCCCAUCCGGGCCUCGGCGAGAAGGUGACGUACGUCGCGGGCGACCGCGUCGUGACCGACCUCCUGUGCAAGCCGUUCAGCAUGGGGAAGAACCUCCUGUGCGUGCACAGCAAGAAGCACAUGAACGACGACCCGUCGCUCAAGUCGGCGAAGAUGAAGCAGAACCUGAACACGGUCAAGGAGAUGCAAAAGCUGCUGAAAGCGGGCGGCGUCUGCAUCUGGAUCGCGCCCGCGGGGGGCCGCGACCGCCGCCAACCCGACGGCACGAUCACCCCGGACAAGUUCGACCCGGCCGCGAUCGAGAUGCUCCGCAAGCUCGGCACGAAGAAGGGCGCGGCGAAGACGCACUUCUACCCGCUCGCGAUGGCGACGUACGACAUCAUGCCGCCGCCCGCGGCGAAGGAGAAAUCCAUCGGCGAGGAGCGCGUCGUCAACUUCACCGGGUGCGGGCUGUCGCUGGGGCCCGAGAUCGACGUCGACGCGUCCACGGCGGCGUGGGCGAGAGGGUUGCCCGAGGAUGCGGAUCUGACCGUCGCGCUCGCGGAGCACGUGUGGGAAGAGGUGAGGAAGGAGUACGCGGACAUCGAGGCGUGCAACGUCCCGGGCGGCGGGCCGGUGCCGCUGCCGGAGGGCGCGGUGCGGCCGAC